CUGGAAAAGGAAAUUGCGGCGAGGGAGCAGGAAAGGCGCGAGCAGCAAUUCGUGGAUCUCAGUGGCGAAAUUGCUGGCGCCACCUCAUACAAAACGCGUCAUUCAGCAGUUGAGCCCGAUUUAAACAGUGAUUUCGACACAUUGGACGAGCCCAAUCGAGACUUGCGUGCAGUCGGCGCAAAAUUUGCACAGGUUUUAGCGCCAAAGAGCAACCAGCACUUAUUACGCGACUGGGAUCUGUGGGGACCACUGUUCAUCUGUGUUCUCAUUUCACUAUUGUUGCAAGGUGGCAAGAGUGGCAAAGGCCCUCAUUUUACGGAGGUUUUCACGCUGACGUUCUUUGGUUCGUGCGUUGUGACCCUAAAUACGAAACUGCUCGGGGGCAACAUAUCGUUCUUCCAGUCGCUAUGUGUUCUUGGUUACUGCUUAUUACCACCCGGUCUGGCUGCAUUUAUAUGCAAAUUUAUU